UCAGAGGCCAGGCGGAGCUAGGCCCAGACCAUGGCGGCGCCGUCGGUGGGGCUUCUCUGCGGGGCCCUGCUGCUCUUGUCCCUAUCGGGCCGGGAACCCUGUUGCUGGGCCUCGUCCCCCUGCAAGGCCCCAGAGGCGUGGGAAGGGAGGACGGUGGUGUACGACCAUGGCACUGGCAGGAACACCCGCGCCGCCUUGGCCUACGACAGCCCCAACCAGCGCCUCCGGGUUUGGGAGGAGAGGAAGGGCCUCAUCCCUUGCAAGAAGUUCUUUGAAUAUAUAUACCUCUAUAAAGAUGCAGUGAUGUUUAAGAUAGAACAAGUGACGAAGUUGUGUUCCAAGAUGCCUUUGAAUGAUCCAUGGGAUCCUUUUGAUAUUCCUGACAAUUCAACCUAUGAAGAUCAGUAUUACAUUGGAGGUCCUGAUGACCAAAUUAUGGUACAGGAAUGGUCUGACAGAAAGCAAGCUAGAAAAUUUGAAACCUGGGUUGGUGUUUACACAGUCAAGGAUUGUUACCCAGUUCAGGAAACAUACACAAAGAACUACAGCGUGACAACCUCCACUCGUUUCUUUGAUCUAAAGCUUGGGAUAAGUGACCCAUCUGUAUUCAUCCCUCCAAGCACCUGCCAGACAGCUCAGCCAGAAGAAAUGAGAGAUGCAUGCUGAUAGUAAACUUUGGAUUCUAUGUGAAAACAAUAUAGAUAUAUAAUAUAGAUUAUAAUUAAUAAUUAGCUGCUGAUGCCUAAUCUGAUUGUUGCACUUUAUACAAUUGUGAUUUUGGAGAGUGGGAUAUCUAAUUGAGGCAAAAAGGGGGAAGAAACCCAUUUCCUCUUCAGGGUCUCAUUCCACCAUUGUCCUUGUGUUCUAUAAUUAUUGGAGAAGCAUUGUUUAUAGGCUUGUUAUUGACAUUAUGUUCUUAAAUAACCUGUUAUUUAUAUUUUCUAAGAUGUACACUGUGCACCUAAAAGCAUAUUAAAAUACUGUGUAUAUUUAUUAAUUCUCAAGAGAUGGAUAAACUAUAUUACAUGCAAGAGAUAGAGGCCAGAAUCCUGUUGGUGAUGUACACUGACAUUACCUCCCACUACACUAUCAUAUGCUCUUUGUCUGUGAUUGUGGAAGGAGGUCAAUACCUUCCUGUGCAGUGUUCCCUCUAGUGCAGUGCACUGGAACACCCCCUACUGUCAAUUAGUGGCUUAGAGAGGUGAAGGGUAUUCGACAGCAUCUGGCUGCAGAUCCACAGCUGGGAGAAAAGAACAGACAUUGGCUUCCAGGAUCUCCAGCGUGUCACUGAAGGCUCCAGCAGGAAGCCCAAUGACUCACUGGAGAGCUGAGGAAAUGAUGU